AUGUCGUCGUCCAAAGCCAGGGGACCCCCCCAACUGAGCUCGGGCGAAGUCACACUGCUGGACCUGGCAGCUGACGAUCCCCGAGACACUGUAUCGUUUUCGGAUAAAGAAGCCUUGAUCAUUCAGCUAUAUCACCAAGUCCAGGAGCAAGAACUCGAGAAGGCUAUUUUGGAACAAGAAUCGGAACCACCCUCCACAAACGAUGCAGAGGACCUCGCUACAGCAGAACGGGAACUGCUCGACGCGAGAGCUACCUACACCGUUAGGAAAAAAGCGGUCAACACCGUGCUUAUAACGGACCCUAUCCUCAAGGCUGUUCAUUUAAAAGGAGCAACUCCUGCUGAGCGGGCGCUCCUUCGUCUCAUCAACCGCCGGGAUAUAUUGUCCUUGGCGCAGGAGAAUUUAACCGAGACGCAUGUCGCGACUCUGAAGAAGCUCUCAACCGUUGAGGUAGAGAACUUGCAGCUCCACGAGAAGAAUCAAGAGCUGGCUCGGGAGCUGCUAGAGCUUACAAAGGACGACGAUUCCUGGAGAGAGAAGCUCGACGAUCCCGAGCUGAAACAGCAGUUGUCUGAGCUCGAAACAGACCACAAGAAGAGUAAAGCCAGAUGGGAAACCAUGAAGAGCGUCGCAAGCGCAAUUGUUGUGGCCAGCGGAGUGAAUUGGGCGGAAGACGAGGGUCUCACGGCUCUUGUUCUCGAUGAAUCCACUGAUUGA